AUGCCAGACUUAACACAGAUAUACGCUAGGGAUAUAAUUCCAAAUGAAAAAUUAAAGAGGUUUUUUUUGAAAUGUAGAUCUAAAGAAAAAGUGUUGUACUCCUUUACAUCUGAAAAUGAAACCAUAUAUGAAGGAAAAAUACAGAAAAAGGAUUUGAACAUUUUAAAAUAUAAUAAUAUAUAUAUUAGAUCCUUAACAAAGAAAUUCUUUAAGUUUUUCAACCUUCUAUAUUUGUUUUUUGUUAUAUUUAGUAAAGAUAUUUUAUACGUCCUCCUUGACAAAAAAUAUGAUGUGUUAUCGGAUUUUCUUAUCACGCUUCUCAUUCUAUGUUGCUGCGUUGAAAUAAUUAUUAAUUUUUUAGUAGAGGAAUCUUAUACAUUCUACUUCAUCUUUUUCGAUGUUGUAUCUUUAAUUUUGUUAUUAUUCGAUUUGUUUACUUUUGAGAAAUACCUAUUAGAUGUGCUUUGCUCUUCUAUAAAAAGUUUGUACGGGUUAAAAAAAAUAGACAAUGAGGGAAUAUUUCACUUACUGCAAUUAUUUAAAGCUUUGCGCGUUACAAAAGUUUAUCGUUUGAUUAUUACAUUUAUAAGAAAGCAUACUAAGGAGAAAUAUAAGCACAGGAAUGAAUGGAAUUUUGAAAAAGUAGAGAGCAUGCAGAAUAGAACAAAUCUGAAGGAGAGCCUAAAAUUUACAAAUAAAAUGCACUUGGCAUUAAUAAAAAGAUAUUUUAUGUCUUUAUUUCUUGUUAUGUUAUCUUAUCUAUUUAUUGAAGCGGUGUCAAUUUCGAAAUGGCAGAUGGGCUCAAUGGAUUACUUUAUCUACAACUUAGACUUAAUUUCGUUUGAAGACUAUUACGAAUCCGAGUUCUUGAAAGCCAUAUAUUAUUACAGCACAAUUCAGAAAGACAAAAACGAUGCGGAAUAUUUAAUUAGUUUAAAAUCUAAAAGAAAACUACAAAAUUUUAUUAACAAGAAAGAAAUUAAUUUAAGAGAAGGCGGUAAACAAACCUUAUGGGACUUUACACAUUUGCCUUACAGCGAAUUGAUGAAAUUUAUAAACAUGAACAUACCCAAUGGAACCAAAAAAGAUGAGGAGGAGAUUGUCUUAAAUGAUACGAUUAAAGAAUUGAACGAACUGAGAUUUUACGAAGUGAAAGUCUACAAAAUUAAAGAUUUUACUUUUUAUAUAAACAUAAAAAAAAUUAUAAAAAAGGAGAUAAAAAAUUCAGCGUUUUUUAAAAUACUUGUUAUACUGUUUUCUUUUAUUGUGCUCUUUUAUUUUACGUCCGAGCUUAAUGUGUUAUUGUUCCCAAUCGAAGGCAUACUAAAAAAGCUAAAGCUUAUGAAGUCCAAUCCUACAUUGGCCUUGGAAAUGCAAGAAGAACUGUUAAACCAUGAAUUAGACAACAUACUAAGAAACUCAAAAUUAAAAAGAAAAAGUAUAAAUGAGAAUUAUGAAAUACUAAAGAUGGAAGAAAAUUUAAUGAAGCUAGGAACGUUAAUGCUGUUAGGUUUCGGAGAGGCAGGAGCAAAAAUAAUUUCCAAAAAUAUCAAUGAGCAGGAAAGGGUAAAUUUAUUAAUAAAUGGAGAAGUGGUUUAUUCCGUUUUUUCCUUUUGUGAUAUAAGGAACUUCACUGAAAUAACAGAAAUAUUAAAGGAGAAGAUAAUGAUAUUCAUAAACCUCGUCGCUAAGAUAAUUCACGAAUGUUGUGACUUCUAUGGAGGAUCAAUAAAUAAAAAUAUAGGAGACGCGUUUUUACUUGUUUGGAAAUAUAAAAAAGAAGAUUUUUCAAAUAAAAAAAGGAAUUUUUUAGAGUCAAAAUAUUCUACAACACAAAAUAAGAAUUAUGAAGAUUUAUCAGAAAAAGAAAAUAUAAACAGAAUUUGUGACUUAGCUUUUUUGUCAACAGUACAGACGUUAAUAAAGCUGCAGCAGUCGGAAAAGAUAUAUUUAUUUCUGAAAAACGAGAAAAUAGACGACUUAAUUCAUAAAAAUGGGAUAGAGUUAAGUUUCGGCCUACAUUUUGGAUGGGCCAUUGAAGGAGCAAUAGGAAGUAGUUAUAAAAUUGAUUUAUCCUACUUGUCUGAAAAUGUGAAUAUAGCUAGUAGAUUACAAGAUAUUUCCAAAAUAUACAAAAAUAAUAUUGUUAUAUCAGGAGAUUUUUAUGAUAACCUGUCUGAUAAUUUUAAGAAGUCACUUAGGAAAAUAGACAAGGUACAGCUGAAGGGGUGCAGGAACCCCAUAAAUUUAUAUACCUUUGAUUUGCACCUAAACAAGCUUCAAAAGAAAAAUAAGUUAGACGCCUUUGAUUUAACCUCAGAUAUGGACAUAAAAAUGAUAAAGGUGUUAGAAGAUAUAAAAAAAAAAACAGAGAGACGAAAAAGAAAAAAGGAAGUGUCAAAUCUUAAUUACAAUUUAUAUAAAGAAUAUGAACAAAGUAGUGAUAUACAGUUAAUUAAGGUAAAGUUCCCCGAUGAAUAUUCAAAUUUAUUUGAAAAAUCGUUAGACUUAUAUUUGAGUGGAAACUGGAAUGAAUCCAAAAACAUACUGGAACAUUUAAAAAAGAGUUUUACCAUGGACGACAAUAUUGUGCACCAGUUGUUGAGCUUUAUGAGCACGUCAAAUUUUAGUGCACCCUAUGACUGGUGCGGGUAUAGAAAAUUUUUACAAAAAUCGUAA